AUGAGCAAGAGCAUCCAUCCGGACGAGGAGCAGUGUAUUGGAAGCCAUGACUAUAAAAGUGGUGAGAUGAUAUUGCUUGAGCCGAAGUGCAUGUCCAUAGGAGAAUAUGCAGCUACCAGGAUCACGACCCUCAAACCCCCUAUGACACAUCUCGCCAACCCAAUCACUCUUCUGCGCAUGCUCAAUGCACGACAAUGGGCCUUCUUUGCAGUCUCAUUCUGGGCAUGGUCAUGGGACUCCUUUGACUUCUUCACCGUAUCCCUCACAGUUUCUGAUCUAGCAGAGACUUUUAACAAAUCUACUACCGAUAUUACAUGGGGAAUUACCCUAGUUCUCAUGCUUCGGUCAGUUGGCUCCAUCAUUUUCGGAGUCGCAGCAGAUCGAUAUGGACGCAAAUGGCCAUUUAUCGCCAAUCUUGUUCUUUUAAUCAUCCUUGAGCUUGGCACAGGCUUUACACAAACAUAUCAACAAUUCCUUGCGUGUCGUGCUCUGCUUGGAGUUGCAAUGGGUGGACUAUAUGGAAAUGCAGCGGUGACCGCGCUGGAGGAUUGUCCCAAGGAAGCUCAAGGUCUUAUAUCAGGAUUGAUGCAGCAAGGAUAUGCGUUUGGUUACCUUCUUGCAACUGCCUUUUCGCGAGCCUUGGUAAAUACCACAUCGCAUGGCUGGAGACCUCUCUUCUGGUUUGGUGCAUGCCCUCCAGUCCUUAUUAUCAUCGCUCGUCUUUAUCUAGGAGAGACAAAAGCUUUUCAAGAUAGGCAUGAGGUUCGCAAAGAGCAAGGAGACAUUGCUAAGAUGUUCAUUGCUGAAGGAAAGGUUGCGAUCAAGCGUCACUGGCUAUUGCUGGUGUACCUGAUCCUCUUGACUAGUGGUUUCAAUUUCAUGGCACAUGGAACACAAGACCUAUAUCCUACUAUGCUGAAGAGUGACAACGGUUUCGAUACCAAUAUCGUCACUGUGACCCAAGUUGUUGCCAAUUUGGGUGCAAUUUGCGGUGGCACUAUUAUGGGAUACUGCUCACAAUUCUUUGGUCGACGACUCAGCAUGUUGACCGUGUGCAUUGUCGGUGGAGCCUUACUAUACCCAUACACAUAUGUGAGAUCGAAGUCCGUCAUGGCUGCAGCCUUUUUCGUGCAGUUCUGCAUACAGGGUGCCUGGAGUAUCGUGCCUAUUUACAUCAUGGAGCUUUCUCCUGGUUCUUUUCAGGCUUUCAUGGUCGGGUCAGCUUAUCAAAUUGGAAACCUGGCAUCCUCUGCCUCUUCAACGAUUGAAUCAAGGCUUGGUGAGCGUUACCCACUUCCAUCGGUAACAACCGACGGCAAAGUCGUUCACCGAUAUGAUUAUAGUAAAGUUGUUUGCAUCUUUAUGGGAGCUGUAUACGCUUAUAGUAUAGUGAUGAUCUUGAUCGGGCCGGAGAAGAGAGGUCGUGAUAUGGAUGUUGCAAAUGACCAGGAAAUGUCUGAGAUUAUUCGUAACCGCAAAGCAGAAAAAUAG